CUAAAUAUUGCCCCAAAUGUUAUCAAGACAGAAAUUCUAAGCUUCAUCAGGAUGAAUCUGACCCUGACCACGUGUUUCAUUCUCGUCCACAUGUCAUGACUGACACAGUCUCUACUGAAGCAAACUGCACAGCACAAAAGCCUAUAAAGGAUCUGUCUUCUACUUUCCAAAAAGCAGAGGAGACAAUAAUGGACAGUUACCCACUCUGCAAGAAAGUAGGUUUAAGCCUAUAUGUGGACCAAGACAAACCAAAAGACAAACUCGACCCCCGUGUAUUGACACGUGGUAUUAUGAAGGAAGUGGCUCAUUUUUCCAAAAGAUUGUGUGGAACAAAAAAUAAGCUCAUUAAUGAUGUUCUUGAACACAACUUUAACAUUGGCAUGCAGAGCCAAGAUAUAAAUCCUGCAGUACUGUUCCACAAAAUUGUACUACAUAAUAAAGGGCCCACAUGGUUUAGUGAAGUUUUUGUUAUUCAGCCAUGUCCUCACAGAGAUACUAGAGAUGUGAGAAAAGUGAAAGAGGCUCCUUCGAUGCAGAAAAAUGAAAGGAAGGAAACGACCAAAAAAAGAAAGCUGGCAUUGCAAACAAAGAAGGAAGAAGCCACAUUGUUGAGUGAACAUAUGGGAGCCGUAAAAUCAAAGAAAAAUACCCAGUGUAAUGGAGACCGCUUUCCAGUGUGCUCAGAGAUAGGUCUGAACCUAGAUGUGUCAUCAAAAUCUGGAGACAAGGAAAAACUGGACUUAAAGCUGUUGACUAGAGCUGCAGUGAUGGAGAUCUAUCGGUAUCUAGAUUUUUGUUUCAAAAAGGAAUUGCUGCCUUCUGUCGAAAACCACAAGAUAUGAAUUACAAAUAAGUGAUCUUUUUUUUUUUUAACCUGUGAUCUAAAUCUCUAAAGAUGAGUAUAUCUGUGCUUCAAAUAAUUUCAAUUCACUGCAUAAUACACUAUAAAAAAGAAAGUGACCUGGAUCUUGAUGGACUAUUUUAUUUUUUAUUGCCAUUUUUUA